CUCCCGUGCGCCCUCGUCGCCCGGCGCCACGCGCGUACACGGCACGCUCGACACGGGGUCCAUCCAUCCACCCAAACACCCUGCCAAGUUUUCUUCCACCUAUCCCUUCCCCGAUUCGAGCGAGCCCGACGCCCCCCACCGACCGCGCCUUCCCCACCACGCCGCAGCUCCGGCGGGCCCAAACCAAACCAAAUCAAUCGCCUCGCCGGAUCCCCCUCCCUCCUCCCUCCGCACCGCCCAUGGAGCUGGCGACGCGCGAUCUCGCGGCGCUGGGCGCGGCGGACCUGGUCCGGGUCUCCGCCGCGAUCCCGCGCGCCGCGCCGCGCACCUUCGCGCUGCUCACCGCCUGCCUCGUCUUCCCGCUCUCCUUCGCCGUGCUGGCGCACUCCCUCUUCACCCACCCCAUCCUCCGCCGCAUCCGCACCUCCGACUACACCGCCACCUCCGCGCAGUGGGUCGCCCUCUUCGCCUACCAGUUCCUCUACCUCAUCUUCCUCUUCACCUUCUCGCUCCUCUCCACCGCCGCCGCCGUCUUCACCGUCGCCUCCCUCUACGCCGCCAAGCCGGCCUCCAUCGCCUCCUCGCUCUCCGCGCUGCCGCCCAUCCUGCCCCGCCUCCUCCGCACCUUCCUCUGGGUCUCGCUCCUCAUGCUCGCCUACCACGUCGGCUUCGUCCUCACCGUCGUCCUCCUCAUCCUCCUCUUCGACCCGCCCAUGACCGCCUCCACCCCGCCGCCCCUCUCCUUCCUCCUCGCCCUCCUCGCCGUCGCCUUCCUCUUCCUCGCCAUCCACGUCUACAUCUCCGCGCUCUGGCACCUCGCCAGCGUCAUCUCCGUGCUCGAGCCCCUCUGCGGCCUCGCCGCCAUGUCCAAGAGCAGGCAGCUCCUCCAGGGCCGCACCCGCACCGCCGCCGUCCUCGUUUUCUCCUACUUCGCCAUCUGCGGCCUCAUCACGGGGAUGUUCCGUUCGGCCGUCGUCAAGGCGCGGGGCGAGGAGGGGAGCCUCGACAUGAGCUUGGCCGGCCGGAUAGGCGUCGGCGCUCUGCUCGUCUCUGUUCUCGUCUGUGUCAAUCUCUUGGGGCUGCUCGCGCAGAGCGUCUUCUACUACGCCUGCAAGGCCUACCACAACCAGGAGAUCGACAGGACCGCGCUGUACGAGCACCUCGGCGGCUACCUUGGCGAGUAUGUGCCGCUCAAGAGCAAUAUCCAGAUGGAGAACCUGUGAGAUUCGUCGUAAGCUGCUCACUUGCCUGCUCCUUACAAAUACUAGCUGUCCUGCUGGAUCUUGCUCUAAAGAAGAGCAUGCCGUUGCCAGGAUUUCUUGUUUCUAGUUUAUUGUGCUUGCCUGUUGUAAUCUGUAAUUAAUAAUUAUGCGCAGUAUGGACUGAUCUGUGGUAUGGAACAUAAAGGAAGUUCUCAUUCCGCUGCAAAAUCCUCUUCUUCUUUA